UUUUUUUCGUAGUCAUGGCAGCUUAAAGUAUUGUUUUGAUGGGCCCUGUUUUGAUCAUUAUGAACUGCUGAUGUUGAAAUUUCCAAGUACUUUAAAUCAUCGUUCUCCUCCUCCUCCUCUUCUUCUUCUUCUUCUUUCUUCUAACUUGUAAGUUGUGGAAUGGCUGAUGAUUCAGCAAGUGUGGAAACAAAUUCAGGAUCAGAGUCACGCGAAUUGCAAGUCUACUGGGGUGGUUCUUCUCAGCAUUCAUCUCCUUCAACCUCACUGGAAGGAGGAGGUGGUGGGCCAAAUUAUGAACUUUAUGAUGAGCUUGAAAAAGCCAUGGCGGAAGAAGAUAAGUCCCUGCGACAGGCCUUUGAAGAAUCCAUGAGGCGUAGGGAGGCUUUAAAAGAUGCCAUUGACGCUGUCCGCAUGAGAGAAAGGAAAGAUUUUGAGGAAGCACUAGCAAGGAAAGCAAAAGAAGUUGAGAACAUGAGUCAGCAGGUCGACAAAAUCGCGAUCGAUCUCUGCGUUGCCUUGGACGAGAAAUCAUCUCUACAGAUGGAGAUCGAAAAGUCCAACCAGAUGGUGCAAGAAUCUGAACAGAACAUGCUCUCUGUUGUGGAACAGUUGGAAAAUUAUAAGAUUGAACAGGACGAUCUGCAGGAGCAGCCCUCCAACACGAUCACGCCUCUGUAUUUCUCCCUCCAUGAGAUCGAACGAGCAAUUGGCAACUUUGACCCAUCGAUGAAGAUUGGGCAAGGGGUUUAUGGACCUGUUUACAGAGGUUUCCUUCGUCACACUCAAGUGGCUAUAAAAACUUUGAUCUCUCAAAGCAUGCAAGGCCGCUCAGAAUUUCAGCAAGAGGUCCAUAUUCUGAGUAAGUUGAGGCAUCCAAACCUUGUCACCCUCAUUGGAAGCUGCCCAGAUGCUUGUAUUAUCGUAUAUGAGUAUCUCCCAAAUGGAAGCCUUGAAGACAGACUUAGCUGCCGAGACAACUCGACCCCCCUAUCCUGGAAAACUCGAAUACGUAUUGCAGCGGAGCUCUGUUCUGUUCUCAUCUUCCUUCAUUCUGACAGCAUAGUACAUGGUGAUCUAAAACCUGAUAAUAUCCUUCUAGAUGCCAACUAUGUGUGCAAACUCAGUGACUUUGGGAUAUGUCGUGUGGUAAAUCGAAACGAGGAAUCUAGCAACUCAAGAGGGGGUUGCGUGACUGUUUCAAGGGGCACUUUUGGAUACAUAGAUCCUGAUUUCGCAGGAGAGCUUACCCCGAAAUCAGAUGUCUAUUCGUUUGGAGUCAUAUUGUUACGGUUAUUGACUGGAAAUAAACCAGCGGUGGGGUUACCAGCGGAAAUGCAAAAGGCACUAGGUGAUGAAAGAUUGAUAGAUAUACUGGAUCCUACAGUUGAGGACUGGCCUUUUGUGCAAGCCCAGCAGCUGGCUUACUUAGCAAUGAGGUGCUGCGAGAGGAAUCCUAUGAGGCGGCCAGACCUUGCCUCAGAGGUGUGGAGGUUGCUUGAGCCAAUGAGAGCUUCAUGUGAUAUCUCAUCAUUCCAAGUGAGUUCCGAGGAGAAUCGCCAGACUCCGCCAUAUUUUAUCUGUCCUAUCGUUCAGGACAUCAUGCAAGAUCCGCAUGUAGCAGCUGAUGGCUAUACUUAUGAACUGGAGGCUCUGAGAGGAUGGCUCGACGGGGGCCACAAUACAUCGCCCAUGACCAACCUCGAGCUGCCACACUGCAAUGUUGUCCCGAAUCGUGCUCUCCGUUCUGCAAUUCAGGAGUGGCAGCAACUGCAGCAGCGAUGAGCAGUUUCAAAUUUUGUCUCACAAGUUUUCCAAUAGUCUGGUUUUCUUCUUGUUGAUUUGUGGGAUCUUCAUACUUUGCAUCAGCAUCUUAUCCAGUCAUCAUGUGUAUCGUCAAUUUUACCAUCGUUGGCCAGAGACAGAUUUUAUAACCCUUGACUACAUUAAUGUCCACUAUAAUGAGUAGGCAUUCCAAUAGAGAAUCAACAAA